GUCCUGGCUUCAUUUUCCAGGUCAGAUGUUGGACUGCUCUAUCUCUGGCAAAAAAAAAAAAGAGUCAUGCCAGCCAGAGGUCCAGUCCUCCCAGGGUCCCUGGUGGCCCGGACAGAGUUGAGGCCACUGCUGUGCAGACCCUGAGCGCUGGCUGUGUGUCCUUCAAGGGGGACCUGCUCCAGCAAUGACUUCCUCCUUGUUCCUGGUUCUUUUGCUCCUGACUCCAGCCACAGUGGCGAACCUCAAAUCUGCUGGUCCAUGUCCAACGUGCUGGGGGGCCACCUUCGACCUGGAGAGCCAGCGGGAGCUGCUUCUCGAUUUGGCCAAGAAAAGUAUCCUGAACAAGCUGCACCUCAGCCAGCGCCCCACCCCGAGUCGGCCCGUGUCCAGAGCAGCCCUGAAGACGGCGAUGCAGCGCCUCCGUGGGCCUCGACGGGAAACCCUGCUGGAGCAUGACCCGACGCAGGAAUAUGAGGUCAUCAGCUUUGCUGAGACAGGCCUCUCCAGCACCAACCGGACGCGUCUGGAUUUCCACUUCUCCCACAGAACUGCCGGUGGCAUGGAGGUUCGGCAGGCCCGCCUCGUGUUCUUUGUGCACCUCCCCUCCAACGCCACCACCCAGACCGUGAACCUGCAAGUCCUUGGGCCCAGGCCACAUGACACCAACCUCACCUCGCCAAGUCAGCACCGGCUGCGGGUGGAGGGCAGCGGCUGGCACCAGCUCCUCCUGGGGCCCGAGGCUCAGGCUGCUUGCCGUCGGGGGCACCUGACCCUGGAGCUGAUCCCGGAAAGCCGGGCGGCCCAGGGUUCAGCCAUCCUGGGCGGGUUUUCGCACAGGCCUUUUGUGUCAGCCCGGGUAAGCGCCGGGGGCCGGCAUCGGCUUCGCCGCCGCCACCGCCGCGGCAUCGACUGCCAGGGAGGGUCCAGGAUGUGCUGCCGGCGGGAGUUCUUCGUCGACUUCCGCGAGAUUGGCUGGCACGACUGGAUCAUCCAGCCCGAGGGCUACGCCAUGAACUUCUGCACCGGGCAGUGCCCGCUCCACGUGGCCGGCAUGCCGGGCCUCUCGGCCUCCUUUCACACCGCAGUGCUCAAUCUGCUCAAGGCCAACACGGCCGCGGGCACCACCGGAGGGGGCUCGUGCUGCGUGCCCACGGCGCGGCGCCCUCUCUCUCUGCUCUACUACGACAGGGACAGCAACAUCGUCAAGACGGACAUCCCGGACAUGGUGGUCGAGGCCUGCGGGUGCAGCUAGCUCGCCUGUGAUACCGGCGGUCGGAGCGAGAGCCGGCUGACCUGCCCUGGCGAGGACCGCCUUCCUCAGAGGGUGGGAAUGACUGGUCCUCUCCUCUGUCCACCACCUUCUUUGUAAGCAGGCAGACCGCCCUCUGUUGACCCCAGGAGACCUGCAUCUAAAGAGAGUCACCCAGGACCGCCAGCCUCUCUCUCUCUCCUGGGCCAUGAUUGACCCAGAACACCCUCAUAGACCCAGAACACCCUCAUAGACCCAGAACACCCCUCAUCCUAGACCCAGAACAUCCCUCAUAGACCCAGAACACCCUCAUAGACCCAGAACACCCCUCAUAGACCUAGAACACCCUCAUAGACCCAGAACACCCCUCAUCCUAGACCCAGAACAUCCCUCAUAGACCCCGAACACCCUCAUCCUAGACCCAGAACACCCCUCAUAGACCUAGAACACCCUCAUAGACCCAGAACACCCUCAUAGACCCAGAACACCCUCAUAGACCCAGAACACCCUCAUCAUAGACCCAGAACACCCCUCAUAGACCCAGAACACCCCUCAUCCUAGACCUAGAACACCCCUCA